AUGAAGAUUAGCCUCCUCCUCCUACUCUCCUCCUCUGUCUCCGUCUCCUCUCACCUCCUUCACUGCAGAAUGAAAGAUAGAUGUAGAUGUGAUCCUCCCCUCUCCAUCUUCCUCAUCUUCCUCGCUCUGUCUCCUCUCACCUCCUUCACAGCAGAGAUGAAGAUCUCAGCCUUAAAUCUCGGCUCCUUCCCUUCCAAUCCAUCUUCCUGGCCCCAGAGAUGGUCAGAGCUGCGCGUCAUCUUCUCUCGAGGCCUAGCCAUCCGAUGGAGCUCGGGGAUGCGAGUACUCUCAAUGGCGGUUUCUCGGGCUUUCCCUGAACUGCGGGCGUCUCGGGUUCUUCUGGCAGGUCUGGGUGGACUCGGGGCUGAAAUCGCAAAGAACCUGAUCCUGGCUGGAGUCAAAGGCCUCACGCUCCUGGACCACAAGCAGGUGGUGCUGACCUGUCCCUGUGCUUCAGGUGGUGCUGGCCUGUCCCUGUGCUUCAGGUGGUGCUGGCCUGUCCCUGUGCUUCAGGCGCUGUCCCAGAGAGACGUCCCGCACCGGAACUUCUUCUUCUUCGACGCCUGCAAAGGAAACGGCGUGGAGGAAGCUCCGGCUCCAGACGACACCAUGGAAAUCGAAGAGGAUAAGAAGAAAGCAGAACAGGAGGGUAUCGCCAUAACGACCCCUCGUAAGCCCCGCCCACACAACCCCGAGCAGGAGAAGAGGAGGCAGGAGGAGCAGGAGAGGAGGAGGCAGGAGGAGCAGGAGAAGAGGAGGCAGGAGGAGCAGGAGAGGUGGAGGCAGGAGGAGCAGGAGAGGUGGAGGCAGGAGACGGAGAACUUCACUGUGACUGUGGACCUGUCGGCGCCGCAGGUGAGCGUCCACAAACAUGCAGGAGUAUCAUUCUGUACAUUCUUUAUUAUUGAUAUGGAAGUCCCUCUGAUGGUCCCUCUGAUGGUCCGUCUGAUGGUGCCUCUGAUGGUGCCUCUGAUGGUCCCUCUGAUGGUCCCUCUGAUGGUCCCUCUGAUGGUCCCUCUGAUGGUCCCUCUGAUGGUGCCUCUGAUGGUCCCUCUGAUGGUCCCUCUGAUGGUCCCUCUGAUGGUGCCUCUGAUGGUCCCUCUGAUGGUCCCUCUGAUGGUCCCUCUGAUGGUCCCUCUGAUGGUCCCUCUGAUGGUCCCUCUGAUGGUCCCUCUGAUGGUCCCUCUGAUGGUGCCUCUGAUGGUGCCUCUGAUGGUCCCUCUGAUGGUCCCUCUGAUGGUCCCUCUGAUGGUCCCUCUGAUGGUGCCUCUGAUGGUCCCUCUGAUGGUCCCUCUGAUGGUCCCUCUGAUGGUCCCUCUGAUGGUGCCUCUGAUGGUGCCUCUGAUGGUCCCUCUGAUGGUGCCUCUGAUGGUCCCUCUGAUGGUGCCUCUGAUGGUCCCUCUGAUGGUCCCUCUGAUGGUGUCUCUGAUGGUCCCUCUGAUGGUGCCUCUGAUGGUCCCUCUGAUGGUCCCUCUGAUGGUCCCUCUGAUGGUCCCUCUGAUGGUGCCUCUGAUGGUGCCUCUGAUGGUCCCUCUGAUGGUCCCUCUGAUGGUCCCUAUGAUGGUCCCUCUGAUGGUCCCUCUGAUGGUCCCUCUGAUGGUUCCUUUGAUGGUCCCUCUGAUGGUCCCUCUGAUGGUCCCUCUGAUGGUGCCUCUGAUGGUCCCUAUGAUGGUCCCUCUGAUGGUCCCUCUGAUGGUGCCUCUGAUGGUCCCUCUGAUGGUCCCUCUGAUGGUCCCUCUGAUGGUCCCUCUGAUGGUGCCUCUGAUGGUGCCUCUGAUGGUCCCUCUGAUGGUCCCUCUGAUGGUCCCUCUGAUGGUCCCUCUGAUGGUCCCUCUGAUGGUGCCUCUGAUGGUGCCUCUGAUGGUCCCUAUGAUGGUCCCUCUGAUGGUCCCUCUGAUGGUCCCUAUGAUGGUCCCUCUGAUGGUCCCUCUGAUGGUCCCUCUGAUGGUCCCUCUGAUGGUCCCUCUGAUGGUCCCUCUGAUGGUCCCUCUGAUGGUGCCUCUGAUGGUGCCUCUGAUGGUCCCUCUGAUGGUCCCUCUGAUGGUCCCUCUGAUGGUCCCUCUGAUGGUGCCUCUGAUGGUGCCUCUGAUGGUCCCUCUGAUGGUCCCUCUGAUGGUCCCUCUGAUGGUCCCUCUGAUGGUGCCUCUGAUGGUGCCUCUGAUGGUCCCUCUGAUGGUCCCUCUGAUGGUCCCUCUGAUGGUCCCUCUGAUGGUCCCUCUGAUGGUCCCUCUGAUGGUCCUUCUGAUGGUCCCUCUGAUGGUGCCUCUGAUGGUGCCUCUGAUGGUCCCUAUGAUGGUCCCUCUGAUGGUCCCUCUGAUGGUCCCUAUGAUGGUCCCUCUGAUGGUCCCUCUGAUGGUCCCUCUGAUGGUGCCUCUGAUGGUGCCUCUGAUGGUCCCUCUGAUGGUCCCUCUGAUGGUCCCUCUGAUGGUGCCUCUGAUGGUGCCUCUGAUGGUGCCUCUGAUGGUCCCUCUGAUGGUCCCUCUGAUGGUCCCUCUGAUGGUCCCUCUGAUGGUGCCUCUGAUGGUGCCUCUGAUGGUCCCUCUGAUGGUCCCUCUGAUGGUCCCUCUGAUGGUCCCUCUGAUGGUGCCUCUGAUGGUCCCUCUGAUGGUCCCUCUGAUGGUGCCUCUGAUGGUCCCUCUGAUGGUUCCUAUGAUGGUGCCUCUGAUGGUCCCUCUGAUGGUCCCUCUGAUGGUGCCUCUGAUGGUCCCUCUGAUGGUCCCUCUGAUGGUCCCUCUGAUGGUGCCUCUGAUGGUCCCUCUGAUGGUCCCUCUGAUGGUGCCUCUGAUGGUCCCUAUGAUGGUCCCUCUGAUGGUCCCUCUGAUGGUCCCUCUGAUGGUCCCUCUGAUGGUGCCUCUGAUGGUCCCUCUGAUGGUGCCUCUGAUGGUGCCUCUGAUGGUGCCUCUGAUGGUGCCUCUGAUGGUCCCUCUGAUGGUCCCUCUGAUGGUCCCUCUGAUGGUGCCUCUGAUGGUCCCUCUGAUGGUCCCUCUGAUGGUGCCUCUGAUGGUCCCUCUGAUGGUCCCUCUGAUGGUCCCUCUGAUGGUCCCUCUGAUGGUGCCUCUGAUGGUCCCUCUGAUGGUGCCUCUGAUGGUCCCUCUGAUGGUCCCUCUGAUGGUGCCUCUGAUGGUCCCUCUGAUGGUCCCUCUGAUGGUCCCUCUGAUGGUCCCUCUGAUGGUCCCUCUGAUGGUCCCUCUGAUGGUCCCUCUGAUGGUGCCUCUGAUGGUCCCUUGA